AUGGCUAAGAAAAGCAAGAGCAAGAAGGAGGCCAAGAAGAAGGGCCAAAAGGGCGGCUCUGAAGAGACGCCCGAAAGCCAGAUAUCAUCCUCACAAGUCCAGUCGCCUUCUCCGGGUCCGGAAAAUGGAACUACUUUCACAGGGACGGAAGAGGCUAUUUCUGUUCUUCCUGAUUCAACUGAGCAAGUGCCCGAGACUGCAGUCAUUGAUCUUGACGCCGAUCAGCAAGAAUUACCACCGCUAGAAGAGUCUGCACCACCGCUUGAGGAGUUUGAACCACCGCUAGAACAGUCUGCGUCACCGCCAGAGGAAUCUGAGAUGAUUCAGCAAGAAGACCGCGCUGAAGAAACAGAGCCGGUACCAACGACAACCGAAGAUGCAGAUCCCACUGAGCCAGGGGCGCUUCCAGACCCAGCACCAGAAACCGCCCCUCAGGUCACAGAUGAAGUUGUCGACGACGCUAAGUGGGAACAAGAUGUUGAUGAGCUGGAGAAGCUGUUGGAAGAAAUAAAUGCUCCACAGGAACCGACAGCAGAUGUGGCGGGAGAGGAAGCUGUAGGAGAAGAAGCAGCCCCCGAAAAGGACUUGCCAGAAGAGGAACCAGCCGAGCUCGCACAGGAAGAAAAAGAAGACGAGCCGGAGGUGGCCACGAAGGCGCCAGAAGAGGGAUCACCAGCACAUGCCGACGACGAUGAACACGACCCCGACCACGACCACGAUCACGACAACAAAGACCCGCCAGCAAAGCCAUCCGAUGAAUCGCAACCGGAUGAACCAGCCGAAGUUCCAGCGGAAACAGCUGCCGAACCCGAAGAGGAACCAGCCGAAGCUAAGCAGGAGCUACCAGAAGCAGAGCCUGCAGAAGAGGAGCAUAUUCCCGAAGAAGCAGAGGAACCAGAUACUCGCUCUGUUGUUAGUGGGAAGGUGUCAAGAUAUCCAACUCAUCCGCCGGCGCCAAUUCCAUUACCGUCACCUGUGCCCAGCGAGCCCCGUUCCAUUCAUUCACCAGUGCCCGAACAUCCCCUCUCGCGACAUGGCUCUCCUCUGACCUACCACGUAUCACCACCUUAUCGAUACGCAUCCCCUCAUAUACAUCCGUAUAGUCCUCAUAUGAUGGGCAUGGCCGGUCCUCCCCCUCCUCCUAUGAUGCAUCCUGGAAGCAUUGCUCCAUCUUCGGCCAGUUUUGCUACCGCAUAUCAUUCUCCCAUCAUGGACCAUGCCCCUAUGCCUCCUCCAUACGCUUAUCCAAGACGCCCUAGUGGGCUGAGUAAUGGAGGCUACUACAACGGCAAGAUGGACCGUACACAGUCUGGAGGCAGCGGCAAUAGCCAUGGCCAUCAUCAUCAUCGAACAGAAAAGGCAAACGGCGCACCCGAGGAGAAAAAUCACGAACAUCACCAUCUCAUGGGCCGUAUCGAAAAGGUCAUGCCUGAUAUCUCGCGACUGAUGGACAGCUUCAAGGACACCCAGGGAAAACUCCAAGCUCGGGAAGCAGAGACACGACAACUACAAUCCCAGCAUGAACAAGCAAUCAUGCACAAGGAUUUCUAUAUUGAAGCGCUUCAGGGACAGAUGCGAAAGGCUGCUACCGAAACCGCAGAAGAGUACACCAAGCUAAAGAACGUCAUCAGUGAGCUCCGGUUAGAGCUUGGCAAUCAGCAAGAAAAGGUCAAAGACUUGGAAGAAUGCCUCUCCACGUCACGAAAGGAAAAAGAAGUACUCGAGAGCAUUAAAGCCGGCAUCGAAAACGAAAUCCAAACCUUGCAGAAAAAAAUCGAAGACCUACAGCUCGAGCAUGAGAGAUAUGUGGAGGAGUCCAAAGAACACGAACGGACCGAGCUGUCUCUGCAAAAGGAAGAACUUACUAAUCUAUUCGAGGAGAUCCGUGCUGAAGAUGAGAAUGCUGCGAACGAUCGGUACAACGAGCGUGAAAAGGAGCUUAUUGAUGAAAAGGAGGCUCUGAAAUCUGCAUGGGAAGAGGAAAAACGACAGAUUGAAGAAGCACAGGCAGCCUUGAAGACUGAGCUCGAGUCUACCCAAAACGACCUGCAAGUAUCGCGUGAAGAUGCUGUUACCAAAACCAGCAUCCUCGAGGCCAAGGAAAAGGAACUUGAAUCUACAAAGAGUGACCUUGAAUCAAGACUCGGAGAGUUGCACGAGGCGCAGGGUGAAUUGGCUUCGACAAAGACACAACUAGAAAACAACCAAGUCGAAUUGGAGUCAACGCAGGCCGAGUUGAACUCGACGCUCGAGGAUCUCACGGCUAAACAGCUGGAACUAGAAAAGGGCCACAAGGAUUUCCAGGAAAACCACGCAAAUCACACGGCAGAAAGGGAAAAACUCACUGCUUUCCACGCGGCUCAAGUCGAAGCUCUUCACGGUACACAUACGACUCAACUCGGCGAUCUACGCAACACUCACGAGACCACUUUGAAGGAGGCGGAAGAUCGCUGCACAGCUCUCAUGGCUCAGCUUGAAGAAAAGGAAAAGGCUUGGACUACCGAAAAGUCCGAACUAGAGAAACAGCUUAUAGAGAAGACGGAUGAAUUGACGGGUCUUGAAAGAGAAAGGGAGGCUAUAGAGCAGGGAGAUAUUGCUCGCGAGAAGCAUUUGCAGUCUGCAGUCGACGAUAUGCGUCGCACUAUUGAUAAUAUGGAGAACGACCGCGACAAGCUGCGCAAAACACUGCAGAGCCUGGGUGAGGCUACAGAUCUCAAAACGUCCAAAGGGGAUCAAUUCUUUAUGGAGUCUUUCGGUCAACUUCGCAAACUUAUUGUCGAAUUGUCUAAAGAACAUUUUUCAUAUCUCCCAAUCGACCCACCCAAGGAUAUUCUGGAGAAGAUCCCGGCUGAAAUGCCUUCAUUUUUAGACAACACCACUGCGUCCCGGGAGUUGCGAGCCGCUUAUAUUCAACACGUCGUAUCUAAGACAUUGACUUACCGCGUCUUCCAGCCUUUCUUGUUCACCCUUGGACGCCGCUACGACAAAGCAGAUACCUUUUUCCAAGUCCUGUCUAUGGACAUUCGCCGCAAGUCCGUUCGCCGCGAAGCGUUCUGGAGACAGCAGACCCUCAAGGCUGCAUACACCACAUCCGAUGCCAAACAGUCCAUCAACGUGGUAGCCGCUGUCAUUGUAGACGAGAUUGUCGACCACAUCAAGCAUUUCGCCGACCCCAGGCAACUUGAUGCUCUGCUGAACGGCGUCCGCCGAAUCGUCAAAGUCGCGGCCGAAACCUGGCGACAUGCCCGUGUCGAGCGUGAACUCGUCCUCGCUACCAUGCCUGCCCCAGAGUCUGAUGGGGUCUCAAACGACGAGUGGGAUGAAUACACUUGCGGACGAAGAAGCGCCGACGAUCCGGUCGCCACAUCUCGCUCUGUUCUUUUGCGAGUCUUCCCACGCAUUUAUCGCGAAGCUGCUCACGAGGACUUUGCCGAUGAUAAAGAAAAAUUCAAUUCCUGUGUUUACUUCCCGGGGACAAUCAUGUACUCGGAUUCUCCGUCUGUGCUUGUUCGCAGAGAGGAACUAGGUCGGAAAUCGCCCAUUGGGAACGGCGUCAACGGUGCACAAUAG